CGGCGGAUGUCUCCUGGGCGUUCCGGGCUUGACCAUUGGUUAUUGCUGCAGCAGACCGUCCACCACCAGUAGUAUCAGCCAGCGCGUGCUGCAUUAUUAAUGAUAUUUCGGUUGAACCGUGAAAUCGCUCACACCGGCUGACGGGUCGCCGCUCAUCGGCCGAGUGCGAGCUCUCGAGAUUGGAGCAGAACCGCUCCAUCACAUGUGGUGCAGUUGAGCAGUUGUCGGUCGGUUCGGUUUGUUGAAUGGAUGGAUGCUGCUGCAACAACCUGAUGUCGGUGGACCGCUCGAGCGAGAAUUCAGUCGGUGUCAACGAGCGGAACGGACAACAUCUCCCGGAGGAGUAGAGCAGGAGACGCGUGUCCCCGGGAUCGAACCAUCAACUCCCGCAGUAGUCCGGAUUUUUUUUUAGAUUUUGGGAGUGCGUGGGGAACGGAAACGAAGAAAAUCAAAAGUUUGACGUUGAUUCGAGUGUAGUAGGUGGUGCGUUUUUCUCCGUGCGGUUGCUAGGAUUAACGGCGAAACGAGGGAGUGAAUUUAAUUUAAUUUCCCGACUUUUUUUCUUCGCUGGAUUCGAUGAUCGAAAGAAGAAGAGUAAAGUAUCGAAAGGAAAUUUAUUGUUUUUCAGUGAAAAAGUUUUCCCGCUGCUGAGGUGGCAGAAGUAAGUGUCGGAGAAGAAAAAAAGUUUCCGGUUCAGUUCCGAGCGGAGACUGGUGAAGUCGGUGGGUGAGAAGGGCGAAGAAAACGCCAAAGUGCAAGCCGGCAAAUGAAGCAAAAUAAUGGAAAUGCCGAAGCCCAGUGAGUGUAGCAUAGUGGAAGUCACGUGCAGUCUGAAACAUAGAGUAGUGUAGUGGAUUGAAGGUCCCCGAUGUGCCAUGGAAACCAUUUCUGACAUUCCACCGAAGCAGCGCCAGCCGAAUUCGGUUGCCGAGGCUGACCUGCUGCAGGACACCAAAAAGCGACCGUCAUCAAUAUCGCCAUCAACGGUAGCAGCAGCUAGCAGCGCCAAAGCAGCUGGGAGAAGCCCCACGAGAAAGAAUGCGACGGGUUUGAACGGUCACGGCCGCAAGGGCAGUGGUAGUGGCCUGGAGCGUGGUGCUGCUCCACCCAAAACGAAAUCCAGCUCCUCCUCAUCGGCCAGCAGUCUGGUCAGCUACCUUUUCUAUCUGCUGUGCAUCACGUCGCUGGGUGCCACCAUUUACGCCAACAUCCGCCAAUCAUAUUUAGAGGAUAGAUUAUUUAGCCUAGUUAGUAUCGAAGAGCGACUCAGUGUUCUGGAAAGCCAGAUCCGCGAUGUAUAUAGCAGAAGUCAUCGGCACCAGAACCGCCAGGAACAGGACCAGGAGGCCAGCGUCUCCGAUGUGGUGCGGAAGAUUUCGUUCCAGAUCGCCGAACUGCCGAGGAUACGUCGUGACGUUUCGGCGCUGAAACUAUCGCGAGCGGCCCGGCAGGUUCCAAUGCAGGAAGGCGAAUGCAUCUGUCCACCAGGACCACCUGGCCCUCCAGGUCCCCCAGGAAAGAGAGGGAAGCGAGGAAAGAAAGGAGACUUAGGUGAACCAGGUGUGGAGGGUCCCACCGGUCCACCCGGUAAAAACGGUCUUCCGGGUCUGAAGGGAGUGAAAGGAGACCGAGGAUCGAUGGGGCCAAUCGGGCUGGACGGUCCCAAGGGCGAACCGGGACGACCCGGGGACAAAGGCUCGAAAGGAGAAGUCGGAUUGCCACCGAUAGACGUGUUCCAGACAGUGAAGGGAUUAAAGCGAUCCGUAACGACACUGCGGGGUGGCUCGCUGGGCUACGCUGAAAUCGUAGCCGUCAAGGGCGAGCCGGGAGAGCCAGGCCCUCCAGGUCCACCGGGACCGGUGGGGCCGUCGGGUCCGAUGGGACUGGAAGGACGGCCCGGACCGCCGGGUGAUCCCGGCCCCAAAGGUGAUCCGGGAACGGCAGGCGAAAAGGGGCCCGUUGGUAACCCGGGAACGCCCGGACUGCCGGGAGGAAAGGGUGAUCGGGGAGACAAAGGUGAUCGAGGGCUGACGACGCACUUCAAGGGCGAUCAGUUCCCAGCGGGUAUCAUCGAAGGGCCACCCGGCCCUCCAGGACCUCCAGGUCCUCCCGGCGACAAAGGUGAUCCAGGUCCAGAAGGCCCUCCUGGUCCACAGGGUGAAAAGGGCCCACGGGGUAAACGCGGCAAACGGGGCCCCAACAAGGAUGACGACUACGAUGAAGCAACGUUAGCACAGUUCCGCGGCCCUUCGGGUCCACCCGGACCUCCGGGUCUACCAGGUCGGGAUGGUCUACCGGGACACAAAGGUGACGCUGGAGAAGUCGGUGCACCGGGUUCGCUUGGCCCUCGGGGGUUGGAUGGAAUGCCCGGAGAACCAGGCAUCGAAGGACCCCCCGGUCUCCCCGGUUACCAAGGUCCACCGGGAGAGAAGGGCGACCCGGGCGACAUCGGUCCUCCAGGACUCAUGGGUCCACCAGGUCUUCCCGGUCCGCCGGGCUACCCGGGUGUAAAAGGUGACAAAGGAGAUCGAGGAGAUGGCAAGUUUAGGAAGAUGCGACGGCGGCAGGAUCACGAGGGAAUGGCCGAUGAACCGUACCGGGGGGAGAUGGUGUACGGGCCACCGGGUCCGCCCGGGCCACCCGGACCUCUCGGUCAUCCUGGACAGCCCGGUCCUCGGGGGUACGACGGCAAAAAGGGCGAUCGGGGAGAGAAGGGGCAGAAGGGCGAAUAUGGACCGAUGGGACUGCCGGGUCCAAUGGGAAUGCGAGGUGAUUCAGGUCCAGUCGGUCCAGUAGGAAAAGCAGGCCAUCCGGUGUGGGAAUACUAAUUCUUAGGGCAACGUGAUCCGAAAUUUUUGGCUAUGAUUUAAUCAUUUGAAAACAAUGGGUUGAAUUUUUGUACUAAUUCGACUGUCAAAACUGAUCAAGUUAACCAAAGGGUGAUCAUUUUCAUCCGCGUUGAAGGAGGAUUGGAAAAAUCAAAAGAAAUCCAGUGUUAGUUAAGUAUUGUUCAAAGUUCUGUAUUUGUUCAGUAACGCAUGAUCAAGGAGUUGAGGUUUUUUAUUUCGUAUGUCGUGUUCGUCCAAUUUCAAAUUCAUAACGACAUAGACUCUGAUCAAGUAUUCGAGAAUUGACAUGCGGCCGAAGGAAUCGUAAAUGAUCGUAUUAUUAGCGUAAGUGAGAGGCCGAGGGUUAAGACACAAAAGCGUAUUUUUAUAAAUGUUUUUAAGAAAUCAGCGAGAAGAGGAAAGAAUGACAUACACAGAGAAAAAGAAAUAGAAAAGUGCGAUGUAAAAACUCAGAAGGAAAAAAAACAUACAAACGAUCGUUGUUAGUCAUUGAUACUUCCUCUUGUUUCAGUGUCUUUUUUCGCUUCAAAAAGUUUUUCAACAUCUAGAUAAAACACCAAACAAGGAAAAUUAUUAAACAAAAAAUCAGUCAACUAAGUGUUAAUUAAGGAAAUUCUUAAAAUACAGCCAAUUGUGAAUACUCUGUAUACUUUCCUUCGGUUUGCAUUCGUACUUCUGGAAACCUGCAUACAGGAAUGAGUUUCGUUCUUCUUCUACUCCUUGAAACCCCAUCUAGGAUAGGCAAAACAAAUUUUAUAAAGUCAUCACAAAACACAAAACAACAUAUCUCUAUUCGAAAACAAGAACAAACCAACAAACUAUCAUAACUCCUUUACCUAUCAACUACUACUAACGACAAACUAAACUCUAUCGUGUUCGUGUAAGUUAUUCUAUCUUUCAAAUCACCCCAUAAAGGAAUGACGGAAAGCCAACGCGAAUCUUACUUUCUAACAUCACCACCACCUUUCAAAACUCCCAAUCAUACAAAAAAAACUGUCAGAUAGCUGUUCGAAUUUCAUUUGUGCAGAGUAAUCCAACCAAUUCAUAUCAUGAAAAUAAACCAUUACCAACACCGCCCUUUUCAUGCAGCUGACAGACGGAGAAAAUGUUUGUUAAAUAUUGUAAAGAGUCAUAUAGAAACAAGGUGAAAAACAAAUAAAAACAAAACCGAUUGAGAAACAGAACCAAA